UCAUUCCAUCAUUUUGCAGAAGGCGCAAAGCAAGCUUGUGUCUGCAUUGUUUUGUUCGAGAGAAUCAAUCGAAAAGCGUGCCGGCACUCAAAAAAUUGCGAAAUUAAAUACGCAAAAUUUCAUAAAAAUUCAUCAAUUCCUUGUCCUUAAACUAUCAAAACUAUCUUUGCAAAAACAUGACUGAUGCACUGGAAUAUGAUAUCUCAGCAGAAGUACGAGGUGUAAUGACGCCCGGCCGUUUGAAACUGUCCGAACAGAAUAUUGUCUAUAAAAAUAGUAAAACAGGCAAAGUGGACACUAUAUCAGCCGAUGAUAUAGAUUUAAUUAACUCCCAGAAAUUCGUGGGUAAUUGGGGCAUACGGGUGUUCACCAAAUCUGGAAAUCUCUAUCGAUUUGUUGGCUUCAAAGACAGUGAAAAUGAGAAAUUGGGCAAAUUUAUUAAGAAGGCUUAUCAUCAGGAUAUGGUGGAAAAGGAAAUGUGUGUUAAGGGUUGGAAUUGGGGUACAGCCAAUUUUAAAGGAUCUGUGCUAAGUUUUGACAAAGAAAGUAAAAUGAUCUUCGAAAUACCGCUGUCUCAUGUAUCGCAAUGUACAACGGGCAAGAACGAGGUGACCAUUGAAUUUCAUCAAAACGAUGAUGCCCCUGUGGGUCUAAUGGAAAUGCGUUUUCAUAUACCGGCUGUGGAAUCGGCCGAAGAAGACCCUGUUGAGACGUUCCAGACAAAUGUUAUGAGCAAAGCUUCGGUUAUUUCAGCGUCUGGUGAUGCCGUUGCCAUCUUCAGGGAAAUCCAUUGUCUUACACCCAGAGGUCGUUAUGAUAUCAAAGUUUUCUCCACAUUCUUUCAACUUCAUGGCAAAACAUUUGAUUACAAAAUUCCCAUGGAUUCUGUGCUGAGGCUGUUCCUGUUGCCACACAAAGAUAAUCGGCAGAUGUUCUUUGUCUUAUCCCUGGAUCCUCCGAUCAAACAAGGUCAGACACGUUAUCAUUAUUUGGUGUUGUUGUUUAGUCCUGAAGAGGAAACCUCUAUUGAGUUGCCAUUCACCGAGGAGGAAUUGAAAGAGAAAUAUGAAGGCAAGCUGGAAAAGGAAAUUUCUGGACCGUUGUAUGAGGUAAUGGGUAAGGUAAUGAAGGUAUUAAUUGGCCGCAAGAUCACUGGACCUGGAAACUUUGUGGGUCAUUCCGGUACAGCUGCUGUGGGUUGUUCUUUCAAAGCUGCCGCAGGUUAUCUUUAUCCUUUGGAACGUGGCUUUAUAUACAUACACAAACCCCCAGUGCACAUACGUUUCGAAGAAAUAGCCUCUGUUAACUUUGCCCGUAGCGGUGGCUCAACACGUAGUUUUGAUUUUGAGGUGACCCUCAAAAAUGGCACAGUUCACACAUUCUCUUCCAUCGAAAAGGAGGAAUAUUCCAAAUUAUUUGACUUCAUCAACCAGAAGAAAUUGAAUAUAAGUAAUGUGGGCAAAGAUAAGGGUGGCUAUAAAGAUGUUGAUUUCGGCGAUUCGGAUAAUGAAAAUGAGCCGGAUGCUUAUUUGGCCCGUGUUAAGGCUGAAGCCAGGGAAAAGGAUUCAGAUGAUGAAGACGGCUCUGAAGAAGAAUCGACAGAUGAAGAUUUCAAACCCAAUGAAAAUGAAUCAGAUGUUGCCGAAGAAUAUGACUCGAAUGUGGCCAGUGACUCGGAAGAUUCAGAUGCCAGUGGUGGAGGUGGUGGCGGCGGUAGCGGUGAUGAGGGUGGUGCCGAAAAGAAGGAGAAGAAAAAACCCAAAAAGGAAAAGAAAGAGAAAAAGGAGAAGACGGAAAAGAAAGAGAAGACGAAAAAAGCCUCCAAAAAGAAAGAUGCCAACAAACCCAAACGUGCCACUACUGCGUUUAUGCUAUGGCUUAAUGAUACUCGUGAGCAAAUCAAAAACGACAACCCCGGCAUUAAGGUCACCGAAAUUGCCAAAAAGGCUGGCGAACUGUGGAAGGAACUUAAAGAUAAGUCAAAAUGGGAAGAGUUGGCAGCCAAGGAUAAACAACGUUAUAUUGAUGAAAUGAAAGACUAUAAACCAGCAGCCGAAGACAGUGAUGAUGAAGGUGGUGCUGCCUCAAAAAGCAAAGCGACCAAGAAACGCAAGAAGGAAAGUGCUUCACCCAAAAAAUCGGCAAAUACCUCAGGUUCAUUUAAGUCCAAGGAAUAUAUAUCAGAGGAUGAUAGCUCAUCGGAUGAGGGUGGUAAGAAAAAAUCCGAUUCAGAGCCAGAAAAUAAAAAGAGUAAAAAGGGUGACAAGGACAAGGGCAAAGGUGAUAAGGACAAAAAAUCAAAAGAUUCCAAAAAGAAAGCCGAAAGUGAAGAAGAAGAGGAGGAAGAAGAAGCCUCUGCAUCCGAAGAGGAAGAAGAAGAAUCUGAAGAAGGCGGUGAUGAAAGUGAUUAGAUCCUUUAGUAAUUUUUCAAUGCAAAACAAACAUCCCCAUACUUUUACCAAUAUUCAUAGUUUAGUUGUAGAGCAAAACACAAAAACAACCAACCCCAAACAUGUUAUAUUCUUUAUGUUUACCUACUGUAACCCCAACAUUUCCAUGUUAAAUGUUUCACUUGCUUCUCCCACCAUGCAUUUUUCUAUUUUUAUUGGUGAAAAUUUUGUUUAAUUUUUCCUUUAACAUCCAUAUCUUUUUUUGUAGUUCACAAAAUAAAACAAAAAGAAUUCCAUGAUAAAUUAAUAAAAUUGUAAUGUACAUAUAAAAAUA